CGGUAUAAUUAUGUAUACAAAUGCAUCUUAUAGGGAAUUACUAACACUGGUACCAUUGGACUUAACUGCUACACAAAUGUAUCCAGCGUUUGUAUUUGGCACACUCACCUAUCUAAUCAUUAUGUUUUGCAACUUGUUGGUAUUAACAACUAUUGCUGUGAGUAAAAAGCUACACAAGCCCAUGUUUAUCCUGCUGUUCAACUUGCCCAUUAGUGACAUGGUGGGUGCUACAGCUUUUUUUCCUCAGCUUCUUUUCAGCAUUGUGACACAGAACAGACUGAUUUCCCAUCCUGCAUGUAUUACUCAGGCUUUUCUGAUUCAUUUUUAUGGUACAGGAAACUUGCUGAUCUUGAGUGCCAUGGCAUAUGACAGAUAUAUUGCUAUAUGUUGUCCUUUGAGGUAUAAUGCUAUCAUGAGUCCACAUCAUUUAAUCAGAAUUAUCAUUUUAAUAUGGUUUAUAAAUUUCUCAAUGAUGUUUACGUUGUUUAUGCUGGUUGCACGGUUUAAACUUUGCAGGACGAAUAUAGUGGAUUUGUACUGUAACAAUCCGUCAUUAUUGAAACUGGUCUGUGAGGACACCAGAGUCAACAACUACUAUGGAAUAGCUACCAUUUUUGUGCUUAUGGGCGUACCACUGUUAGUAAUAAUAUACACAUAUGCACAGAUUUUGCGCACAUGUGUCAUGACUAAUAAUACAGAUGCCCGGAGAAAAGCUAUUCAGACAUGUGGUACACAUUUAGUUAUUUUCUUAAUCUUACAAAUUAAUACCACCUUUACAUUCAUUGCUCAUCGCAUUGAGAGUUCAUUCCCGUACCUAAGAAGGGCUCUGGGUGUGUCAAUUUUAAUAUUUCCCCCUUUCUUGGACCCGAUUAUAUAUGGACUGAAAACUACAGAACUCAAGCAGAGCAUGAUAACGUUCCUAAAAAGAAAUGUAGGUUCAACAAAGCUGUAA